UCACAGAGAGGAAAAUACCACCAGAUGGCGGUUUAGGAUUGCUGCUCUUCUCUCAAGGCGCGGUUCCGCUCGCACGGCCAAUUUUCAAUAUUAAAAUACGCACGAUAUUUAAACGAAAAUCGAUUUAUUAAUUCGGAAGGUGAUAAUCGAUUCGGCGAUGGUCGUUAAAGGAGCUGAAGAGAGUUGAGUUCUAGUGCCAGCAAGUUGAGUGCCGUCCGUCCUGGAGCCUCUCCUCCCUGCCCUUCUGGACCUUUCCCCCAACUGAGCUGCGCAUCUUGUACCUCCAUCUUUGGAGCUGAAACACACUCAGUCCUGAAGGCUCACACAAACGCAGUCACACACCUGACCACCUCCCCACCCGAGCAGGAUGAUCACCUCGGAGCUCCCCGUCCUACAGGACUCAUCCAAUGAGUCUGGGGCAACAGACACAGUGGGCUUAAGUAUGAGCAUGAGUGAGAUGGAAGAUCCAGAGGCAAAAGGGAAGAAGAAGAGGGGGAGGCCUGGAAAACAACCGCCGACAUCCAAUAAGAAGCCUCGAAAGUCGCCGACAGACAAGACUCUGGGAGUUGCCAGAGGCCGAGGGAAAGCCAAUGGUGUGGCUCAACAUAACGGAGAUGGUGGAGACCCUGUCACCCUGUUUGAAGUGGUUAAACUGGGCAAGAGUGCCAUGCAGUCUGUGGUGGAUGAGUGGAUCGAAUCGUACAAACAGGACCGAGACUUGGCGCUGCUAGACCUCAUCAAUUUUUUCAUCCAGUGCUCGGGGUGCAAAGGCACUGUGAGGAUUGAGAUGUUCAGGAACAUGCAGAACGCUGAGAUCAUCCGUAAGAUGACCGAGGAGUUUGAUGAGGACAGCGGAGAUUAUCCUCUCACCAUGCCAGGGCCCAUGUGGAAGAAGUUCCGCUACAACUUCUGCGAGUUUAUCAGCGUUUUGAUUCGCCAGUGUCAGUACAGCAUCAUCUACGACGAGUACAUGAUGGACACGGUGAUCUCUCUCCUCACCGGCCUGUCUGACUCUCAAGUUCGAGCCUUCAGACACACGUCCACGUUAGCAGCAAUGAAGCUGAUGACAGCACUGGUGAACGUAGCGCUGAACCUGAGCAUUCACCAAGACAACACCCAGAGACAGUACGAGGCAGAGAGGAACAAGAUCGCCGGCAAACGAGCCAAUGAGAAGCUGGAGCUGCUGCUACAGAAGAGGAAGGAGCUUCAGGAAAACCAAGAUGAAAUUGAGAAUAUGAUGAACUCAAUCUUCAAAGGAAUCUUUGUGCAUCGCUACAGGGAUGCAAUUGCAGAGAUCAGAGCCAUCUGUAUUGAAGAGAUCGGAGUGUGGAUGAAGAUGUACAGUGAUGCAUUUCUUAAUGAUAGUUACCUGAAAUAUGUUGGUUGGACAUUACACGACAGGCAAGGAGAGGUGCGUCUAAAGUGCCUGAAGGCUCUGCAGAACCUGUACACAAACCGAGAACUGUUUCCCAAGCUAGAGCUUUUCACCAACCGCUUCAAGGACCGUAUAGUCUCAAUGACACUGGAUAAGGAGUAUGAUGUGGCGGUGGAGGCCAUCCGGCUGGUCACACUCAUCCUGCAGGGCAGUGAAGACGCCUUGUCCAAUGAGGACUGUGAGAACGUGUACCACCUGGUCUAUUCUGCCCAUCGGCCGGUGGCUGUCGCUGCUGGAGAAUUCCUGCACAGAAAGUUGUUCAGUCGUCAUGACCCGCAGGCAGAGGAAGCGCUGGCGAAGCGCAGAGGGAGGAGCAGUCCCAAUGGAAAUCUCAUCCGCAUGCUGGUGCUUUUCUUUUUGGAGAGCGAGCUCCAUGAGCAUGCAGCCUACCUUGUGGACUCACUGUGGGAAAGCUCUCAGGAGCUGCUGAAAGACUGGGAGUGUAUGACCGAACUUCUGCUGGAAGAGCCGGUGCAAGGAGAAGAGGUGUUGUCAGACAGACAGGAGAGUGCGCUGAUAGAGCUGACAGUGUGCACCAUCCGACAGGCAGCAGAGGCACACCCACCUGUUGGCAGAGGCACUGGCAAACGGGUGCUGACGGCGAAGGAGAGGAAGACCCAGAUAGACGACAAGAACAAACUGACAGAGCAUUUCAUCAUGGCCCUGCCCAUGCUGUUGUCCAAGUAUCAGGCAGACUCAGAGAAAGUAGCCAACCUGCUGCAGAUCCCACAGUACUUUGACCUGGACGUGUACAGCGCAGGGCGCAUGGAGAAGCACCUGGACGCUCUGCUGAAGCAGAUCCGGCUGGUGGUGGAGAAGCACAUCGAAACUGACGUGCUCGAAGCCUGCAGCAAGACCUACAGCAUCCUCUGCUCUGAGGAGUACACCAUCAUGAACCGUGUGGACAUCGCCCGCUCGCAGCUCAUCGACGAGAUGACCGAUCGAUUUGCACACUCGGUCGAGGAGCUUCUGCAGGAGGCUGAGGAGGCCGACGAUGACGAUAUCUACAAUGUUUUAUCUACUCUCAAGAGACUCACAGCCUUCCACAAUGCCCAUGACCUGACGCGGUGGGAUUUAUUUGGGAGCUGUUACCGGCUGCUGAAGGCAGGCAUCGAGCAGGGCUCCAUGCCAGAGCAGAUAGCCGUCCAGGCCCUGCAGUGCUCGCACUACUCCAUCCUCUGGCAGCUGGUCAAGAUCACAGAGGGGGCUCCCAGCAAGGAUGACCUCGUGGCUCUCAGGAGAGUGGUGAAGUCUUUCCUGGCUGUGUGCCAGCAGUGCCUGUCCAAUGUCAACACCCCAGUUAAAGAGCAGGCGUUCAUGCUUCUCUGUGACCUGCUGAUGAUCUUCAGUCACCAGCUGGUUUCCGGCGGCAGGGAAGGCCUCCAGCCGCUGGUCUUCAACCCAGACAGCACUCUGCAGAACGAGCUCCUCAACUUCGUCCUGGACCACGUCUUCAUCGACCAGGAUGAUGAGAGCCAGAGCAUGGAGGGAGACGAGGAGGACGAGGCCAACAAGAUCGAGGCUCUCCACAAGAGGAGAAACCUGCUCGCUGCUUUCUGCAAACUCAUCAUCUACGACAUUGUAGACAUGCCCGCUGCUGCCGACAUCUUCAAACACUACAUGAAGUAUUAUAAUGAUUAUGGAGACAUCAUCAAAGAGACUCUCAGUAAAACCAGACAGACGGACAAGAUUCUCUGUGCCAAGACACUCAUCCUCAGUUUGCAGCAGCUGUUCAACGAGCUGCUGCAGGAUCAGGGUCCCAACCUGGACCGAACAUCAUCUCAUGUGAGCGGCAUCAAAGAGCUGGCCCGCCGCUUCGCUCUCACCUUCGGCCUGGAUCAGAUCAAGACCAGAGAGGCUGUGGCCACGCUGCACAAGGAUGGAAUAGAGUUUGCAUUUAAGUACCAGAAUCCCCGAGGACCAGAGUUUCCUCCUAUCAACCUGGCCUUCCUGGAGGUCCUGAGUGAAUUCUCCUCUAAACUAAUCCGCCAGGACAAAAAGACAGUCCACUCGUAUCUGGAGAAGUUCAUGUCCGAGUCGAUGUCGGAGCGUCGGGAGGACGUGUGGCUGCCGCUGAUCUCCUACAGGAACAGCCUGCUGACAGGGGGAGACGAGGACCACAUGUCCGUCACGUCAGGCUCCAGCAGCAAGACCGGCUCAGUCCGCAGCAAGAAGGGGCGACCGCCGCUACACAAGAAACGCAUCGAGGAGGAGAGUAGUGUGGAGGGCUCGUGGCUGAUGCGUAACGACACCCUACAGACACCGGGGGCGCUGCAGACCCCUCAGCUCACCUCAACAGUCCUCAGAGAGAACAGACCGGCAGAACACUUGCCAGACCCGGACUCAGAACCCGGAUCAGAGAACGACUUCGUACACAAUCCUCAGAUGCAGAUGUCGUGGCUCGGUCAGCAGAAGAUGGAGGAAGUGAACAGGAAGGACCGGACGGGCAUGAACUACAUCAAGUCACGCAGCAAUCAGGGCGUCCGGCAGACUGUGCGCGGGUUGAUGGAGGAUGACGCAGAGCCGAUCUUCGAAGAUGUGAUGAUGUCGUCGCGGGGUCAGCUGGAAGACAUGAAUGAGGAGUUUGAAGACACUAUGGUGAUCGACCUGCCGCCAUCGAGGAACAGACGUGAAAGAGCAGAAUUAAGACCCGACUUCUUUGACUCUGCAGCAAUGAUUGAGGACGAGUCGGGAUUCAGCAUGCCCAUGUUCUGAUCCGGAAUGAGGUAAAGAUCCUGAGUUCAGGAUCCAAAUCAGGAGUACAGAUGAGGGGAGGGGUCUAACCCAGAUCACCUGCCAGUCAAACUCUUAAGAAGAAGAAGAAAAAAAACAUUGUUGAAGUACUUUUCUCUUUCUGUAAGACAUGAUGGAAGGAUGUUUGUCAAGCGGAUCUACUGAUGGAUCCCAAAUCGGCUGGAUCUCACCUGGAAGCAUUAAGCGAGGAUCCGCUCUGUUUUUAUCAGACGAGCUGGAGGAUCCAGAACCUAGUCCGGAUUAUUCAAGAGCUUCAUCCUGCUCCUACUCUUCCUCCUGUUCCUCCUCAGCCUGUUGGUUUAGCUCUUCUUAGCGGUAGCUCUGACGGCGCUCUGGCUGCGUAAUCCUGCAGCCAGCCAAUGAGUACUCGCAGUUUUUACGGUUUUCUGUUACACAGAUGUAAAGUUGUUUGGUUCCGCUCGCGAUCAGCAGCACAGAGCAACGUAACACUCUGUACAGCCCCCCCUUGUUUUGGUGUCGCACUUCGAUCCGUCUGGUUAAAUCCAACAUAGAGAGGAUCUCAGUACUAAAUGUUCUAUAUCUUUGCUCUUACUACCACCCACCCACCCCUCUCUCUCCUCUCUCUCUCUCUCUCUCUCUCUCUGUUCGCCAUCUGAGUCCUUGUGUGUGGUGGUGCUGGUGUGUGAUAUGUGUGUAAAGUGUUGGUGGUGAUGAUGAUGGUUGAGUAGUCGCACAUGCACACAGAGGUCAACAGCUGUAGGCCGACCUGGAGGAAGUGAUGUAACUGUCUUGUGUGUGAUGUCAAAGCAAAAGCGAGUGUUGUCGUUUGACGGUGAAGCCGCACCCUUUACCGCCCUCAGACAGAAGCCCCACCCUCUCAAAUCUUUGAAACGUUCUGUACACACACACACACACACGACCUGAAUAAUGGCUUUUUGAAGUAAAAAAGUUUUAAAAAAAGACAAUAAACAUAUUUUGAAUUCUGUAGCUUUAGUACUAAAGUUUUAAAUCAAGUGUGUUUUUGUUUUUGUCUGAUGUUUGUACAGCUUUUUCUUGAAUAUGUAUCUUGUUCGUUGCCAAAUUGUGGCCUACAUACUUACAGUAUAUUCCAGCCCCUCCCCCUCCACCUGUAAGUCAUAUCUAACGGUUACCAAGCUCAGAUUGUUGCUGUGGGACACCAGCUUUUAAGCGCUGUAUGGUCUGAUUGUAAUCGUUUCACAGUUCAGUAUUACAGCAGAUUAUUUGUUCGGUUUCUUCAUCUUACAGGUCAUAAUCAAGUUACUUCAAUUUUUACACCUGCAGAAACAGUGUUAACUGAUCCAGAGCUGAAGAUUUGUUGUUAUCAUUGUUCAUAUCCAGUGCAGUGAUGGAUCUUUAUGUCUGACAGAUUUGUUUGAAUGUGUUUUGAAUGUGUCCAGCCAUAUCUUUAUUCACCCUCUGUUGGUUAAUCAGUCUUUUACUUUUCCUCAUUGGCUGGCUCAGCAGUCCUCCUGUAAAUAUCAGAGACAAUUGGAUCUUCUCUGCAGUGCAGUUGACAUCAGUUGCCCUAAAAUGCUCUAAAAGCCAGUUGUUUUUUUUCUGUGAACCUAAAUUCUUUUUAAUAAAAUAAAAUCUGUAAUCAA